UCGCCUCCCCGGCCCGGCGGAGUGAAGCCCCCGGCCCUGAUGGAGGAGCCCCCGGGGGCGGCGGCGGGGGCGGACGAGCUGGACUGGCCAGGGGCGAGCCAGCGGAGGAAGGCCUGGGCCAAGAGCCGGGAGUCUUGGCAGGAGACCGAGGAUCUCUCUACCGAAGCCACGCAGGACGACGACGACAACGACCAUCAGGAGGAGGAGGAGGAGGAAGACCCCCACACUGGGAAACUACCCCCGGCCGCUGAGGGAGGAAACAUCCCGAAUGAGAAAAUCGCAAUAUGGCUUAAAGAUUGUCGGACACCCCUGGGAGCCUCUCUGGACGAGCAAAACAAUCCAGCACCGAAAGGUGUGCAUUUGAAAAAUGGAGGAAGUUUUGAAGACGAUUUAUCUUUGGGAGCCGAAGCUAACCACCUCCAUGAAGAUGACGCUCCAACAGAAACUUGCAGUAGCAUGUUGGCUAAAGAGAAGAGACUUCAGUUUCAUCAGAAAGCUAGAAGCAUGAACUCCACUGGUUCUGGAAAAAGUAGUGGAACGGUGUCAAGUGUGUCUGAAUUGCUGGAACUUUAUGAAGAAGAUCCUGAAGAAAUUCUGUACAAUCUUGGCUUUGGAAGAGAUGAACCAGAUAUCGCUUCAAAAAUUCCAUCAAGAUUCUUUAAUUCUUCAUCAUUUGCCAGAGGGAUCGAUAUUAAGGUGUUUCUGAGUGCCCAAAUGCAACGGAUGGAAGUGGAAAAUCCAAAUUUUGCUCUAACAAGUCGUUUUCGUCAGAUUGAAGUGCUUACUACUGUGGCGAAUGCCUUUUCUUCCUUAUAUUCCCAAGUUUCUGGAACUCCUUUGCAAAGAAUUGGCAGUGUCUCCUCUGUGGCCUCUACUAAGGAAACAGACUCUCCUCCUCCUUUAACUCGCAGUAACACUGCAAGUCGUUUGAUGAAAACAUUAUCCAAACUGAAUUUAUGUGGGAGUCAACAGGGAGGGGAGAACUGUCCUUCAUCAGGUGUCGAAAAGGGAAAAAUUACAACUUCUCCAGGAACUGAAGAAAGUGAGGUGAAGAAUGAACAGAAAUUGCAAAAGCCUUUUAAAAAGAAAGAUUCGCCUUCAGUGUUGGCUACAGUAAAGGAAGAGGUAUCGGGAAACUCAGCAAACAUGGAUACUUGUAAUGCUGCAAAACUUUCUGAUGAAUUAAAUAGUAAUACCAACCAAGGAGCUGAAGAUGCUGAAGAUAAAGAAAUUAAGGAAUCACAGAGCUGGGAGAAUAAACCGAGUGAAGAAUCUGCUCUUGCAAGUUCCUCUGACUUCUGUAGGGAUUUCGACAUGUCUACCAAUAGUGAGCCAGGGAACAACAGUGAAAUCCUAUAUGUCCAAACGUCUACACCAGAUAAAGAACCAUGCGUACCGAUUCCAAAUCCAUCCAUAAGGAAUAUAAUAACACAGCAGAAGGACUCCUUUGAGAUGGAAGAGGUUCAGAGUACCGAAGGAGAAGCACCACAUAUUCCAACAACUUACCAGCUAGGCCUUGCCAAAUCAAGAAAAGAUCAGUUACUACGAACUGCAAGUCAGCAUUCAGAUAGCAGUGGUUUUGCCGAAGAUACUUCUGCGGACUGCCUGUCGCUUAAUCACCUCCAGGUCCACGAUCCUUUGCAAGCCAUGGGCAGCAGCGCCGACAGCUGCGACAGCGAAAUAACAGUGACCUCGCUGGUUGAAGGGCUCGCCACCCCGACGGCUAGCGGACAGCCUUACUUUAAUGAGUCUGAAGAGGAGCCCCUCACCCCUCCCCCAGAAGAAGCCCAAAAGACAGGAAUAGUUCCUGACCGAGGAAGGCCAACUAGAGAGGACAUCCUGAAGCGGGAGACUGAGCUCGGUAAAGGAAGUAAACCAUCAGAGAGCGGACAAGAGGGCCUUGUUUCCCAGAGCGAAGACGAGUCAUCUCCAGGAGAGGAGUUUGAAUUACCUCGGGAAGAUAGUGCCGAGAGCGAGCCGGAUAAAGGCAGCGAGUACGAAUUCGCGGAAUACACGACGCAUCACAUUCUCAAAUCCUUGGCUUCCAUCGAGGAUAAAUGUGCCGUUCUGGGCCCCGAAGAUGUGAUCGUACCUGCCUCUUCCAUAGAUAGGGUCAACAUCGCUCUGCAGAGGGCCGAAAUGAAAGUCUGCAGCCUCUCCAAUCCCAGGGUUGGGCGGAACUUAGUGAAAUCGAAAGACCUGCUGAAACAGAGGUACCAGUUUGCCAAGUCGGGCUACCCGCUGAGGAGAUCUCAGUCUUUACCGACCACCUUGCUGAGUCCGGUAAGGGUCGUGUCUUCCGUCAACGUCCGACUGGCUCCCGGGAGAGAGACCAGGUGCAGCCCACCGUCUUUCACCUAUAAGUUCGCAUCUGAGGAAGAGAAGGAGCUGGACAGUCAGGCCCGGAAGCAAAUCCAGCAGUCCACGGUCAAAUCGACCCUCUUCAUCUCUCCGCCUGUGAGGAAAGAGGGCGCGCAGACCGAAUCCGGUCGGCCGCCGGCAGAAGCCGGUCCGCGCCGGGCUCCUCAGUUUGUCCCGGCGUGUAUCUCUCAGUCCACCUGCUCGCUCCCUUCCGCCCACUUGGACUGGCAAGAGAGGCCUCUGUGUGAACACAUGAGAACGCUGAGCUCCCACAGCGUCCCCAGUAUGUCGGCCAAUUCCUGCGCCGCGUUGGCUUCCCCAUUCGGGUGUCCCUACUCGCACAGACACGGCUGUUUCCCUUAUCGCGUGGCCACCGUGAACCCUCCUUCGGCCAUAGAAAUGCAGCUGCGGAGAGUGCUGCAUGACAUCAGAAACUCCCUGCAGAAUCUUUCUCAGUAUCCAGUGAUAAGAGGACAUGAUCUUUCUUCUCCUCCAUAUAAUACUCAGAGAUCCUCUCUUCUACCUCUUUAUGAAAAUACUUUUCAGGAAUUACAAGUAAUGAGGCGGAGUCUGAAUUUGUUUAGAACGCAAAUGAUGGAUUUAGAAUUAACUAUGCUACGGCAGCAAACAAUGGUUUAUCACCACAUGACUGAAGAGGAAAGAUAUGAAGUUGAUCAACUCCAGAGCUUGAGGAAUUCAGUCCGCAUGGAGCUCCAGGACCUAGAACUGCAGUUAGAAGAGCGUUUACUCGGUCUGGAGGAGCAACUCCGUACUGUGCGUGUAUCUUCGCCCUACCGGUCUCCCACUCUGAUGGGAAUGUAUGGAAGUAGAAGCACCGAUAACUUGUCAUGCCCUUCUCCAUUGAAUGUAAUGGAACCAGUCACCGAACUGAUGCGAGAGCAGUCAUUUUUGAGGUCCGAACUCGGUUUGGGUCUGGGAGAGCUGGGGAUCGAAAUCCCUCCGGCCGAAGGUUCGGAAUCCGUUUUCUCCCAAGCAACCUCGGAUUCUUCUUCAGUCUGUUCUGGUCCGUCUCAGCCGAAUAGAAGAGGUGGCGUGACUUGUGUCGAUUCACCUGGCAAGACCAAGACCCAUUCGGUGCCAGGCAAGAAGGUAUUCCGAGCCUCCGUGGCCCUAACGCCAACUGCCCCUUCCCGGGCAAGCCCCGGACAAUCCGCUCAGGAUCCCGAAAAUUCCGAGGGAACAGGAGGAGCUGAGGCGGCGGCAGGAUCCGCGGAGUCUAAAUCUGAGAUGGAACAAAAACGAGCAAAGGUCUCUUUGACGCCAAUGGCUGAGGAAAUCCAGAAAAGCAUCGAGCAAGAUGAGUUGCAACAAGUCAUACGGGAAAUUAAAGAUUCUAUUGUAGGGGAGAUCAGACGGGAAAUUGUCAGUGGACUUUUAGCAGCUGUUUCUUCCCCAAGUAGAACUACUAGUGCUAAGCAGGACCCAAAGCCAUGAAAUUGGUUGAACAGGAUGUAAUGUGGUCCAGAGGAACUGUGGAAUGUCGGAAUGGAGAUGUGGAGAACUGACCAAACCGUCAAGUUGUCGUUUCUUUGGCUUCGAGACACUCACUAUUGCUGCUAAGAUGGGCUACUGUAUACAAUGUUGAUUCCUACGAUGGGCUACUGUAUACAAUGUUGAUUCCUACGAUGCGUAUCUUAUUUUAUUUUUUUAACUCUUCAUAACAUUUUAGGCACCUUUCUCAUAUUAUUGCUUUUCUAAACUAUCAAGAGAACUGUGGCAAUUUGAAACCCUAAUAUUUAUUUGUAUGUCGAUGUUUUUCAUGUUUUCUUGUCGAGAUAUGUUUUCAAACUUGAAGACGUCCAGACCUAACCAACUUAUGAAUAACAUACUUCUUCAGCCUGGCUUCUUAAAACACUGACCUCUAUGAGGUAUUUACUGUGCAAUAACUGAUUUUUUUUUUCUUUUUGGAGAGCUUGAAACAAUCAAUGAUCUUUCCAUGGCUGUUACUAAAUGUCACCUCCGAGAAAAAGGAAAUAAUUCUGUUGUAAAAAUUGCUGUCGAUUCUUGGGGAAGUGACGUAUAACAGCGUGGCAGUAUGUAAAACUACUUAAAGUUCUUACACUGUAAACCUUAGCUCUGUGCACAAGACAAUUAAGACUAAUUUUAUUAUGCUUGUUCUGUGUUUUUUUUCCUGGAAAUGUGCCUUAUUUUAAACACUAUAUAUCUUGUGCCUUGGUUAUACUUCUCUAUUAUAUUAAGAGAAGCUUCCUCUUCUGUCUCAGAUAAAAUAAAUGGAUUCAUGUUGUCGAAGUUGUGAGCCUUGUGUGACUUUAAAUGGAUGGACAUCUGUGCUGUAUCGUAGGGGAAAUGAAAGUAAUUUAGAUUUUUUUUUCCCCUCACGGUGGAUUUAUUUUAGUCAAGUCUAGGGAAAAUGUAUUUGUUACAAUAGAAAUAUUGGAACAAAAAGGGCCUCUUUUUUUAUUUGGCUUUGUAUGUGCUCCAAUAGAUGUGUAAAGUGCCAUUUAAGUGUUCUUGGGAUUUGUCUUUAAGGGUUAACGGCUUCCAGCUCAUCUGUUGAAUUGAGUUCUUAAUCAAAAAUAAUUGAAGAAAUAACAAUAUUCUUGGAAAGAAAUGUACUUUAAACAUUUAUAAAUGUGUUUGGACUAUAUACACAAGGGCUGAUUUCUAAAAUAUAUAUUAUAUAUUAAAACAAUAAAGUAUUUAUUUUGCCUAA